AUGGCCUUUUCAAGCAAGGCAUCCAUCCAAGAUCCUCCAUUAAAGAUGACCAUCGCUCCGAAUGGCCAAUCGAGGCCACCACUCUCUAAAUCCUCUCCAGAAAUUAUCGAGAAAAUAGUAAAAAUUGUAUUGGAAGACGCCCAACUGGAGAAGAAGCAGCUAGCGUCAAUGGUUAGAGUAUAUGAAACGACCUUUUCAACCAUCGUACAUGAUAAUUUUGGGAUGACUAAGAUCAGUACAAGAUGGGUUCCGAGAAUGCUUAGGCCGCUCCAAAAACGCGAGCGCGUUGUUGGCUCUGUGGAGAGAAUACAGAAGAAGUUAUUACCCGGAUCCUUACUAGAGAUGAUACUUGGCGUCAAAACAGGAGUCGGUGCAGUGGCA